AUGGCUGCUCAGUCCACACUGCGCCAGUCGGCCGCCGAGGCCGCCAUCGCCGGCUUCAUCAGCAAGUACGGCGCUAUGGUCAGCCGCCGACUGCGCCGCACGACGCGAACAACCCGCCUGCUCGCGACAGUGUCACUGCUGGUAUCCAUUUUGCUGGGAGCUGAGGGCGGACGUCGCUGGUGGCAUCGCAGCCGGCUGGAGCAGGAACAGGGCCUGAAGCUGGUCCGCACCAACUCGUGGCUGCACAACAAGGACGGCUCGCGCACCAUCUACGUGCCCUAUCGUGGCGGCACGUCCAAGGUGGUCAUCCCGACGACCAAGCCUCUGACUUUUGAGGCCCACCGUCGGCUGUUUCUGAAUCCGCCUCGUGUCUCCGGCCUCCACAGCGGCAAUAGCGACGGCUACGUGCCGGGGACCCAAACCAAGCCAGGUCUCAACUUGGCAUUUUUACACCAGUUCCUCAGCCUUAUGAGCAUCAUGGUCCCGCGCUGGACCAGCAAGGAGUCCGGCCUGCUCGUCAGUCAUGCCGGUUUCCUCGUGCUCCGGACGUACCUAUCGCUCGUCGUGGCCCGGUUGGACGGCGAGAUUGUCCGCGACCUAGUGGUCGGCAACGGCAAGCUGUUUAUCUGGGGCUUACUAAAGUGGUGCGGCUUCGGUGGUGUGGCAUCGUACACAAACGCCAUGAUCAAGUUUCUUGAGUCCAAGGUGUCGAUCGCUUUCCGUACGCGGCUCACGCGGUAUAUUCACGACCUGUAUCUAAACGACAAUCUCAACUACUACAAGCUCUCCAACCUCGACGGUGGCCUCGGCCAGAGCGCAGAUCAGUACAUCACGCAAGACCUGACCCUGUUUUGCGCCGCUGCUGCCGGUAUCUACUCGUCGCUCGGCAAGCCGCUGAUCGACCUGUGCGUCUUCAAUUACCAGCUCUACCGGGCACUCGGCCCUCUGGCGCUCUCGGGCAUCAUGAGCAACUACUUUGUGACUGCCAGCAUUCUGCGGCGGUUAUCACCGCCCUUUGGCAAGCUCAAGGCGGUUGAGGGCCGUAAGGAGGGCGAGUUCCGCAGCCUGCAUGCCCGCCUGAUCGCCAACGCCGAGGAGGUGGCAUUUUACGGCGGUGCAGACAUGGAAAAACAGGCGCUAAACCGGGAGUUCAAGGAGCUCAAGACGUGGAUGGAGGGCAUCUACUUCCUCAAAAUCCGCUACAACAUGUUGGAGGACUUCAUCGUCAAGUACAGCUGGAGCGCGUACGGCUAUCUGCUCUCGGCGCUGCCAGUGUUUCUCCCGGCCUGGGGUGGCCUCGGCGGACUGACAGAGCUGGCCGGUAACGGUCUGACGGCGACAUCGACAGGCGAUCGGGAGCGCUCGCGCACCAAAGACUUUAUCACGAACCGACGGCUGAUGUUGUCGCUCGCCGACGCGGGCGGACGGAUGAUGUACUCGAUCAAGGACCUGGCAGAGCUGGCGGGCCACACGAGUCGGGUGUACACGUUGAUCUCGACGCUGCACCGGGUGCAUGCCAAUGCAUAUUACCCGCAAGCGGGGCGGCAGAGCGAGCUGUACUCGCUGUCGGACGUGCAGGGCACGAUGCAGAAGGGCUUCGACGGGGUGCGGCUGGAGAACGUGCCGGUUGUAGCGCCGGGACUGUGGCCACACGAAGGCGAGGAGCUGCUGGAGUCGCUAUCGCUGAUUGUGCGGCGAGGCGAGCACCUGUUGAUCUCGGGGCCCAACGGCGCGGGCAAGUCGUCGAUCGGGCGGAUUGUGGCUGGGCUCUGGCCGGUGUACCGCGGGUUGGUGAGUCGGCCAAAGGCGGUGGGCGAGGACGGUAUCAUGUUUUUGCCGCAGCGGUCGUAUCUGAGCAUCGGCACGCUGCGCGACCAGGUGAUCUACCCGGACGGCGAGGCGGACAUGCGCAACAAGCACAAGAACGAGCACGACCUGAAGCGCGUGCUGGAGGACGCGCAUCUGGGCUACCUGCCGGCACGUGAGGGCGGCUGGGACACGAAGAAGGAGUGGAAGGAUGUGCUGAGCGGCGGCGAGAAGCAGCGUAUGGCCAUUGCCCGGCUGCUGUACCACGAGCCGCAGUAUGCCUUUAUCGACGAGGGCACGAGCGCGGUGUCGAGUGACGUGGAGGGGCUGCUCUACGAGAAGUGCAAAGAGCGAGGGAUCACCCUGAUCACGAUCUCAACCCGGGCUUCGCUCAAAAAGUACCACACGUUCAACCUGAUCAUGGGAAUGGGCGAGAACGGAGACGAGUGGCUGUUUGAGCGCAUCGGCACUGAGCGCGAGAAGCAGAACGUCGAGCGUGAGCUGCAGGAGUUACGCGAACGGCUGUCGCAGGUGGAAGCGUGGCGAGCACGGCGAGCCGAGAUCGAGAAGGAGCUGGCGCAAGUCUGGGUGGAGGGUAGCGAUGAACCGCUGCCACCGCCAGCAAAAGAGGUAGAGGGACAAUAG